GCGCACUACCCGACAGUUUUUCUCCUCGCUAGACGAGGGGACCGCGGCUUCUUCGAUGUUCGUUCCUCUGCCCUUAGCGCCGUAAGGGUGGACCCGCGUCGCGACGACCCGCGCCUCGAGUACGCUCCACGACCCUACCGACCACUGCUAUCGCCCUUGCCUUUGCCUCCGCCACGCUGAUUACUCUCUUGCUCGCUUCUCCAUACGAACACCAGUAUUACCGCUUUUGCUUCUGUUAUUCUUUCUUUUAUCGAUGUCGCUCUCGUCGUUAAUAUUCUACCGUGCUACCCUUCUAAUUUCUCCUUUUCUCUCUUGGACCCCUACCCUCUUAUGAACUACGGUGUUUACGUACGAUGUACGAACUUUUCACACGAAGUGAUCGUGUUUCGAUAUUUUCCAUUAUGGUCAGUUUGCCGAACAGUGCACGUACGUGGAAAGGUUACGCGUGUCCUACGUUAACCCUCGAAUGGCGGUGCUGAAAUUUUUCGACCGAAGACUUUCAUGUAUCGAAGUACACGGUGCUCCGAAGAAGUGUAUACACUUCGUAGCUACACUUGUUAAUAAACUUUCUUUGAAUUAUCACGCUCAAUAGCCUGACCCGAACAAAGCUGAUUAUGUGAAACAAUGGGAUUUCAAUCGAUUCGUGACAUAACCUUUGAAAAGGAAUCCAUUAUAAAAUAGAAUCGAUAAAUCAAAAUAAAAUUGUCUCGAGCAAAUCGGUACUUUUACGACGCUGCGCGUUUGAAAGCCUUUAAAGGGUCAAGAAUGGAUUCUUCAUGACGAUAGAAUAGUUCGAACGUCGACAAUGUGUCGCAGGAAUUCGAUCGAGAGAAGUAAAGCUUGUGAAAUAGCUUCACGUGGGCGAGGAAUACGACUGUGUUAUUCCCUUAACCCUAUGGUCGACGCGUACUACGUCAUAGAAGAUCGUUAAUUGCGAAAUUCAAAUAUCGGAAACGACUGGCAACAAGUCGUAAUACGGCGCGUUUAGAUUGCGAUCUUGUACUCGAGUACAUCGAGAUUAGCGAUAAAUAAUUUAUUAACUAAGGAUAAGUUUUGUAUAAUCUAGCGGGAACCGGCAAGUUGUUCAAAUAGAACGUUGCAAGCUUCGAAGCGAGAAACCGGUAUCAUCUCGAAACAUAAAUUUCAAGCACAUCGUUUGAAAAUCCAGCGUUUCAUUUAGAAAUCGCCGGCGAUACCUUUGAAUCGAUCGAGAUCUAACGCGUUGGCGUGUCGAGAUUUCUUCGCGUAGCCUCGAAACUGUCUUUCCUCUCUUUCUCGUGAUCUCGCGAUAUAGCUCGUAAUUUGUUUUUUACCGGCACGCAAUUUCAUCGCCGUGUCACGUUGUGCGAGUCCCUCAUUGGAGAACACGGUAUCGAUGAAAAGAGAAAACCAAGUGUUUUAUCGCGAUUCUUAACACCACUUUUCUCUUUUAUUUUUUUGCUGGUGUCACUGUCCCUUUUUAACGCAUGCUCGAUGAAGAGUUUUCCUUUUAAUAUCUCGCAGAAGCACUAACGCUUUCCUGAUUCGCAAAAUCGAUAGCAGGCGGUCUUCCAUUGUUCCGAGAUUAACGCUCGGCCUUAAUAAUCUCGUUUCAGCGUAAUACUUGUAGCGCGAAAUUCGAACUGUCUUGCGUGUUCCAAUGUGCAAACGUGUGCAAAACCGUGUUUCCUCGGUUCUGUUCCGCGAGUGUACAGUGAACGUUGAAGGCAGUGAAAGAAGUAUCUAAGAAAAUUAUAAUUCCUAUUUCUUUAUCGGGUUCCAUCGAAGGAGGAUACGUGUUUCCCAACGCCGCCACAGAAAUAAUAAAAGUACGCGAGAGCGGCGUGGAGCGGCGGAGUAAAGGGUGAAAUCAAGUGUGUCGUAAUCGUUCGAGGGGCGGAGAAAGUAUCGUUCGAGAUGUUUUCAACGAUUCUAGAUGCUCUCUAGAUGAAUCCACAUUGUCGUACGUCGAGCGAAGAAAACGAAAUCGGAUUUCGCGUGCACCGAGAGGAGAAAAAAGAAAACGGUUCGCAUCGUGUAACUUCGAGUUAACGUUUCUUCGCCGACUGCUUUUUGAUUUCGCGAUAUUAAUCGCGGUUUUACCGCUAUCGAGAAGCAGCAGCCCGAGUUUCCUCGAGGCGAGGAUGAAUCCGCGCGCUUUGAAGAACGCUUGAAACGCGUGACGACGGCGACGUGUCGUUGUUGCGAGCUUACGUUACUUUCCAUGCGAAUGUUGCGCGUCGAAUCGGUUUUUGCCAAAGGAUCGUGAAUCUGUGGACGAAGGGCGAAAAGGGAAGAGUAGAAGGUCGAUGAAGAAGAAGAAGAAGAAGAGGAAGGAAAAGGAGGAGGAGGAACGAGGCAGUGCAGCGUCGAAAAAGGAAAGCCACGCUGAUUCGCGACUGGAAGACCUCGGUGUUGCACCUUAAGAUCGCAGAAACGCGAGAGCGUGCGAGCAAAGGAACGAACACACGAACGAAAGAGAGAAAGAGAGACUGGUAGAAGAACCAGUGUAGCUUAAGGAGAUCUCUGUUGCUCUUCGGCCGGCUGGAAGGACUCCAGCAGGACCAAACCAGCCCUUCGAUUCUUCGCUGACUCCUUCAAAGGGAUAUUCGAUUCGACUCGCGCGAUAACUCGUGGAAAUGAAGUUGAAUCCGAAGAAGGGAGUUGAAAUUUCUGUUCUCGGCGAAGGGGAACGAAACUCGAGUCUGCUCGGUGAAAUUCGUACUGCGAGAGAUUCGAGCAGCUUGAAAACCGAAAGCAUAGCUAAAUGAAAAUGUAAACUGAUUCAUCCUCGUGAAACUAACUUUGCUCGGGAUAUUUAAUUGGAGCCCGGAUUAGACGAGAAAGGCGAAACUGAAUCAUAUUGAUCAAGCUUCCAAACGCGUUGCUUUCCUCUGAUGAUAACAUUCUAAAAAUCGUUCCAAAGAGGCACAGAAUUGAAUCGAAGUCCAGAAUUUGUAGAAAAAUGAAGCUCGAAGUAUUUCUUGAUCGGUGAGACUCGAAAUCUCACUCAUGAAAUUAACGUCGCAAGAAAUAUUCCAAAAGAAAAUCCAAAUCAGAAUGUAGACCGAAUUGGGAGGAAAAGUUAGUGGUUAGGUAAGAACAAGGUAAGAUCCUAUACACAUGAGAUACUGGAAGAAAAAGUCCCGUCGACGAGCCGGCGAAAGGAUAAAAUGCCAGGUGACGAGUUGAUCGUUUGAGCAGUGAAGUGGACAGUCGAACCGAUGAGACCGUUGUCUUUCGAGAACUUGAGGAGGCUCGUGGGUCGCAAGAAGGACCGUAACGAGCCGUCCUUCAAGCGCAGCGAGUCCUUCAAGAGGAUAUCGAUAAGGAAAAGCUACCUGGACCGGGGGAAACGUCGCAACAAGCUCCAGAAAAGCUUGGAACCGACUAUCCCUCCUACCAUCGAUACAAACUUGAACGAGAAACCGGUCGAGAAGAGUAUCAUUAAGGAUCAGAAGCCGAAGAAACUUCAGGAUGACACCUUGACUCGCGAGUCCAUCAGCUACGACGAAUGGUUGCAAGGUGUCAGUUCGUCGUCUCGAGAGAAACUCGACCAGGUGCACCGGGAGCAACAGCAGAAUAAGCAGAACAGGCAGCACGGUUUGGCAAAGAGCAAAGUUAACAAGUUUCAAAAGCAGAACGACGCUGAUCACGUGGCCGAGGAUUUGAAGGUUCUCGAGCUCGAUGGAUCGCCGGUGUUGCACUCGAAAUCGUUCAAAAUCUCGAACGAGACUAUUCAGGAGAAAAGCGGCAGCCAGCAGGACAUUCUGCAGAUUCAGGAACCUUCCGUCGAAGGACCUCCUAGCGUUAGCAUCAGUCUGGGAAGGAUAUGGAGGGACGCGGUACCGGUACCGUUUCCUUCGCCUUCUGGACCGUCGGUUCACCACUCUUUGGACAGUGCUUUGAAGGAGAGGAAACCUCAGCCGACCGUGGCGAGGACGGUGUCCGCUCCGGAGAAGAGUGUCGCUGGCAAGGAUGCCUCGUCCGCGUUUGGAUUUUCACUCAGGAUCGCUAGGCUGGCUGAUUUUCGAGCAGGGGGUACGAGAAACGGUUUUUUCAACCGGAGAAAACACAAACCGUCUCCUAGCGUGAGUGGCGAGGGUUACUUCAAACGAACGAACGCUUCGAGACGGUCCAGUUCUCGACGUCAUGGAAAACGUGCCUCGCAGAAGACGAAGAAACCUUCUCGUCCACCGAGAUCGAACAGCCCGGUGUGGUUCGUUCCGCCGGAAAGACGUCGAUCGAGACGUCAGCGACGAGUAUGGCGAGAGAUCAGAUACUUUCCUGAAACAGUGAUGCCGGUGGUGGAGAAAAUCGACGAAUGGUCAUCGAAUCUAUCGGACGAUCAAUUCGACGACGCGAAAUUAUUGCUGUCCGGUGACUUCAACGACAGGCGGGAAGGUGGAUCGAACUCUUUAGUCUCGUCUUCUUUGGGCUCGUUCUCCGCCACUUCGUCCUCCUCGUCAGCCUGCAGACCACCAAAGAUCAGCGACUUCAACGAGGACAAACUGUUCUCGGAAGAGCUGAGGAACAACGGUGUUCUAGCUCGGAGAACCACAUGGAGGCCCAUCACAUCCAACUACUUCGCGAGUAAUCAGUUCCUGAGCUUUCUAUCGAAAGGCUCGAGCAACCUCGUCCACGGGAAGGAGAAGUCGAGGGCGGAUUCGUUGAUGUAUUAUAGGUGUUUGUCGUCCAGCGAUAGCGAGACCGAAGAUGAAUCGAACAGGUUCGACGUCGAUCGAAGGAAGAACUCGCACGUUAUACACAGGCAGCAACAAUUGAAGAGACAAAGAUCUGGAGUCAGGAGAAGACCGCUCAGACGAAAAUCGCAGCUUCGAAAGGCUACGUCUGGACAACCCGUGUUCCUAGUAAGGAAGUGCUCGUCCUUGAGGAAGAGACCCAGGGACAUUACACAGAAGGGCUACGAAAAGAAACGGACACGUCUACUUCAGCAGUAUGCCUCGAAGCAGCUGGGAGGCCGGCUAGUACCUGGCGGGAUUGCCAGUCCCCCGGGAUCUGGCGGCUCCACCGGAAACACCGGGAACUCGAACUCGGCGGCUGCGAGACGCGGCAAUCGCAGACUGACGCGCAAUGAGAGCCGCUAUCAUUCCGAGGUGCGCCAGGAGGCGGUGCAGCAAGCAUUGGCAGCGAUGCAGGGUCGUCCGAAGCCAUCGUUGCCUAUGCCGUCGAAGAGAACCUCCGUAAUGGCCAGGAGUCCGGAUCGCGAACGACGCGACAGCGGAGAAUCGAGCAGCGACGAGGAUAGCGUGGUCACCGAGGAAAGUCCCGGUGCUGGUGGUCCAACAGUUAAUAGAGGUUGUUCGUCAUCCGGAGUGAUCCACGUCGGAAUUGCAGGCACUGGACUGUCGGACACCAGCAGCACCGGUUCAGCGCGAGACACGCCUCCGCCUCCAAGACCACCGGCUAGGAGACCUCCUGGUGCGGACAUCACGGACAUCGCGGAAUAUACGCCUCAUGCGUACUGCAACAUCCAGCCUCCGGACGUGACGCACACCAGCAACACACCGUCUGCGCAGCAGUCGACUAGGCGACCUGGCGCCGAUCGGGUCAAUCGUUACCACGUGGUCGAGGAUCAGAACAAUACAGGAACUACCGGUCGCUGGAAGGUAUCCGCGAAGAUUCAACAGUUGCUCAACACCCUGAAACGACCGAAGCGGCGGCCGUUGCCCGAGUUCUACGAAGACGACGAUAUAGAAUUAGAGAUUGCAGCUAAUCCAAAGGAUCCUAAUGCUCCUAAACCGGAGGGUGGUUCUAUGACAUCCGCGGUCGGUGAAACAUCGUCCGUGGCUGCGGGCUUACCCAGGUCCCUCGAGGCUGCUAUACAAAGGUACGGUUCAGCAUCGUACAAAGCACCAGUAGCAACCGUUCUCGAUCCGAACGGCAAACUUUGCGUAACACUGACCUAUGGAAAACUUCUGAGUCGUUCUCACAAAAUAGCCUAUACGCUGCUAAACAAGGCUCUAAGUCGUGGCGGCGAUUGCUGUCUGAAACCAGGAGAUCGGAUCGCUCUGGUCUAUCCGAACAACGACCCGAUUAGCUUCAUGUGCGCCUUUUACGGUUGCCUUCAGGCUGGCAUUGUACCUGUGCCGAUCGAAGUUCCGCUAACGCGUCGAGACGCGGGCUCCCAGCAAAUUGGUUUCCUCCUAGGAAGUUGCGGAAUUCAGGUGGCGUUGACAAGCGAGGCUUGCCUAAAAGGCCUUCCAAAGACGGCGGCCGGUGAAGUGGUGGCUUUCAAAGGUUGGCCGAAACUUCAUUGGUUCGUCACCGAACAUUUGGGUAAGACCCCGAAAGAUUGGCUACCACCGCCUCGAUUAACCGACGACACCCCGGCGUACAUCGAAUACACGACUGACAAGGAUGGCUCGGUGAUGGGAGUGACGGUGACCAGGUCGGCGAUGUUGGCCCAUUGUCGAGCUCUGACUCAAGCCUGCGGUUACACGGAGGGAGAGAAUGCCGUGUGCGUGUUGGACUUCAAACGAGAGGUCGGCCUUUGGCACAGCACCUUGACCAGCGUUCUGAAUGGCAUGCACGUGAUCUUUAUCCCGUACGCACUGAUGAAAGUGAAUCCAGCAAGCUGGAUGCAGAUGAUCACGAAACAUCGCGCCAGUGUGGCCGUGGUCAAGUCGCGAGAUCUUCAUUGGGGUCUACUGGCGACCAAGGAUCACAAGGACAUUUCUUUGUCAUCGUUGAGGCUGCUGUUGGUCGCUGACGGCGCGAAUCCGUGGUCUCUGUCAUCCUGCGACCAGUUUCUCUCGGUAUUCCAGUCUAAAGGCUUGCGACCAGAUGCCGUGUGUCCUUGCGCAUCUUCUAGCGAGGCUCUGACCGUUUCUGUCAGGAGGCCAGGACGUGCUGGAGUGAACGCUACCGGGCGUGGUGUUCUUUCCAUGUCUGGACUGAGUUACGGAGUCGUAAGGGUGGAUCAGGAGAACUCGCUAACUUCUUUGACGCUUCAAGACUGCGGCCAAGUCAUGCCUGGAAGUAUCGUGGUCGUGAUCAAGAUGGAAGGUCAGCCGUUCAUUUGUAAAACCGACGAAGUAGGCGAAAUCUGCGUCCACAGUUCAGCGACUGGCAACCAGUAUUGGGGAUUGCAGGGGUUGACGAAUAAUACGUUUAAAGUGUCGCCUCUGCAAGCCGAUGGUACUCCUCUCGGUGACGUGGAGUACACUCGUUCUGGUCUAUUGGGUUUCCUGGGUCCUGGUGGCCUGGUGUUCGUUUGUGGAUCUCGCGACGGUCUCAUGACCGUUACCGGAAGGAAACACAACGCCGAUGAUAUCAUCGCUACGGUACUGGCUGUAGAACCGAUGAAGUUCAUUUACCGUGGUAGGAUAGCCGUCUUCAGUGUACGCGUUUUGAGAGAUGAAAGAAUAUGCGUCGUUGCGGAACAACGACCCGAUUGCAGCGAAGAAGAAAGUUUCCAAUGGAUGUCUCGAGUUCUUCAGGCCGUGGAUUCCAUUCACGCGGUUGGCAUAUACUGUUUAGCGCUAGUACCACCGAACCACCUUCCAAAAACACCCUUGGGCGGUAUUCAUCUGUCGGAAACAAAACGACGUUUCCUAGAGGGUACUCUACACCCGGCUAACGUUCUACUUUGUCCGCAUACUUGCGUUACCAAUCUACCGAAACCACGCGAAGUCCAUUCAGCGGGGGAUUCUGUUGCAGACGUUGGUCCGGCCAGUGUGAUGGUGGGCAACAUUGUUCAGGGUAAUAGAUUGGCUUCUGCUCAAGGACGUGACAUGGGUGUAUUGGACGAGGACAGUGAUAACGCGAAAAAGUAUCAGUUCAUCUCGGAGAUUCUUCGAUGGCGUGCCGUCAGUACCUCCGACCAUGUGAUCUUCACGUCGCUCAACGCCAAAGGAGCAGUAGCAACAUCUUUAUCUUGUUCGCAAUUACACAAGAAGGCUGAACGAAUCGGCAAUCUUUUGUUAGAUCGCGGAAGAAUCAAUACCGGAGAUCAUGUGGCGUUAAUAUUUCCACCUGGCACAGACUUGAUAUGCGCGUUCUAUGGUUGUCUAUAUGUUGGAGCUGUGCCAGUUACGAUCAGGCCACCUCAUCCGCAAAACCUUCAAACCACUCUGCCAACCGUUCGCAUGAUCGUGGACGUCAGUAAGUCUGUGCUCGUGCUUACGAAUCAGAAUAUCCUGAAACUUCUGAAAACGAAGGAAGCGAACAACGUUGUCGACAUUAAGAGCUGGCCGACGAUUCUCGAUAUGGAUGACAUGCCAAAGAAGAAGCUACCUGUUAUGUAUCGGGCGCCUACGGCGGAGAUGCUAGCUUACCUAGACUUCAGCGUCUCGACGACGGGAAUGUUAGCAGGAAUUAAAAUGUCUCACGCAGCAGUGACGUCUCUAUGCCGUGCCAUGAAACUAGCCUGCGAACUAUAUCCAUCCAGGCACAUCGCUCUGUGUUUAGAUCCCUAUUCCGGAUUAGGAUUCGCUCUAUGGUGUCUGAGCAGUAUAUACAGUGGUCAUCAUUCCAUACUUAUACCACCAUCAGAGGUGGAAGCCAAUCCAGCGUUGUGGCUGUCAGCGGUUAGUCAGUCCAGAGUAAGGGACACGUUUUGUUCUUACGGUGUAAUGGAACUGUGCACGAAGGGGCUGGGUUCCUCCGUUCACGCUCUGAAAGCUAGAGGUGUUAGUUUAGCGUGUGUUAGAACGUGUGUAGUCGUCGCCGAAGAGAGGCCACGAAUCGCUCUCACCACGAGCUUUAGCAAACUCUUCUCGGCUUUGGGACUUAGUCCACGUGCCGUAUCGACUUCCUUCGGGUGUAGAGUAAACACGGCGAUUUGUCUACAGGGUGCAUCCAGUCCAGAACCAUCAACGGUAUACGUUGACCUUCGCGCGUUGCGCAACGACCGAGUAUCUCUGGUCGAAAGAGGUAGUCCACAUUCUCUGUGUCUGAUGGAAUCAGGAAAGUUACUUCCCGGAGUGAAAGUGAUCAUCGCCAAUCCCGAAACAAAAGGACAGUGCGGUGAUUCUCAUUUGGGCGAAAUCUGGGUACAGUCGGCUCACAAUGCCAGUGGUUACUUCACGAUAUACGGCGAUGAAAGCGAUUACGCGGACCACUUUAACGCCCGUCUAGUAACAGGAAACACGAAUGAGGUGUACGCUAGGACUGGUUAUCUCGGUUUCUUGAGACGUACCGAGAGCGUUCAACAGUCAGUUAUCAGUGACGUUCCCGGUGAUACUUCCGCCGCGGAAGCGGAUCUCGUUCCCGGUGAUGCCGAAUUACACGACGCCGUGUUCGUUGUUGGCGCCCUCGACGAGGCUAUACUACUCAGAGGAAUGCGGUACCAUCCUAUCGACAUCGAGAAUAGUGUAAUGAGGUGUCACAAGAAGAUAGCGGAAUGUGCCGUAUUUACAUGGACCAAUCUGCUGGUAGUGGUGGUAGAGCUCGACGGAAGCGAGAGCGAAGCAUUAGAUCUCGUUGCAUUGGUUACCAGCGCCGUUCUCGAAGAGCAUCACCUGGUAGUCGGUGUGGUGGUCGUCGUGGACCCCGGAGUAGUCCCGAUAAAUUCUCGUGGCGAGAAGCAACGGAUGCAUUUGCGGGACGGUUUCCUGGCGGAUCAGUUAGAUCCCAUCUACGUGGCGUAUAACAUGUGAACGAUGUCAGAAGACGUGGCAAACAUAUUGCGUGCUGAACCACGCGAGACUGGUGUCGUACUCUCCAGUACUCAUAAGUACUCUCGACUCGAAGUCGCAAGUCGUAUUUCAGAUGGUCCUUCCCCCAGGAAGACGUUCUCUUCGGAAGAGACAAACUCGGAGUAUAUUACUAGGACUCUACGUAUUUUUAAAACAAACGUCGUCCCUAAACAAUCUGUAUUAACGAGCGUAUUCGAAUCUUUUAUUCCCAUGAUAAUGAUGUAACGAAAGCUUGCUUGCACACGGAAACUCAAAAUCGUUCAUCAUCGUUAUUUCUCUUUAUAUUGGAAUCGAUUUCGUGCAAGCAAGCAUCGCGUACGAGAAAAUGGGACACGAUACUAAGAGACCCGUUUUGUACGUACUACUCCAGACGAUUAACAGAAACGAUUCUGUAUGUAAAAUGAUUUAGAAACGAUACGCACAGAGCGUCGUCGAUGCUCAAGAGAGUCAAGAUGAUUUACGUAAUUGUACGUAUUUUACCAACGAAGGAUAUAACGCGCAAAACUAUUCAGACUGCCACGAUCGGCAUACGGCUCAGAGUUGAGCUAGAAUCGUGCUUUUAUACAAUGUAUUUACCUGAAUGUUAAACCGACUAACAGUAUCAUUCUUUAUCAACGACAUCAGAACGGUAGUGAGCUUUUUUAUGAACGAAAUAUAUACAUGAAAGAAAUCGCUUUGACAGGGAUGAAUUAUACCCUGUUGGAAGUGGAGAAUACAGAUACGCAAAAAACUAUCUGAUGUCUCUUAGAACAAGUCGAAAGAAACGAGGAAAGAAUUUGAUACACACUUUAUCGUAGACUCGUGUAGCUUAACGAUUUUUUACUACAUAAAGAUAACGAUUAGCUGAACGUAAUCAUACUAAUGUAACGAAACGUAAACAAUUUUAACUGUCGACAAGUAUUUUCUAACGUAUUUGACGCUGAAAUUUGCACGUACAGGCUGUUUCAAAAUUAAGCGAUUAACCUUUGUAGCGUUCUAUCGAUACGAAAGCAAUUGCAAUUUUUCAUUCUAUCUGUUCUACAUAUUUGCUAUCUAAAAUUAUUGAGAACAUUAACCUUCUUCUUUUCGAAUCUAUUUUUAUAUAAUACUCAUUUCUGUUACUCGCGGAACAUACAAAGUUUAAUUAUUUAACUUUGAAACAUUCCGUAUACGGUUCGCUAUCGCUCUGACUAAGAAUUUUACGGAAUUUUGUUCCGGAUCAAUUUUUCUGUUGUUGGUAUCGUACAACGAUGUUUCGACGUAAUCGAUUUGGAAGCACAAUUUGAUUCCAAGUCGAUAAGUAUAUUUCAUAUUGUUUAGCUGCGUUGCGCACAACACCGCACUUUUAUACCUCGAGUAUUUAUACUUAUUCUGCAGCACGCGAUAAACACGGUAUACAUUAAUUUCUAUUCGUCGAUACAUUCAGUUGACACUAGUGAUCCCUCGAAGAUGGCUCACUUUGAAUUCCAUCUCGACUUCUUGUUCGUUUCGCAAAAUACCAGAUGUAUUGUCAAUUUUUGCAAACGUUUUAUUGCGUGCUGAGAGGGUACACUUUGAAAACCAUCAGGAAACCUGACUAUCACGACUAAUUUUCUCAUAGAAACGCAUUGAGGUUUUCGAAUUCGUAUCUCAGGGUUUUAGAACGUUUUGUAGCUAACGUUGAUAUACCGAAACAAAAAAAGAGAAAAAAGUAUUUAGAACACUCCCCUUUUGGACAUUACGUUUAACUCUUUCGCUGUAGACGACGUAGUAGAUGCGUUAAAUCUAGAUCGAGCUAUAAUAAACCGGAAAUAAAUGAAUUAUUCAAAUGGCAGCGAUCUGCAGUGAAAGGGUGAAAUACAAAAAAAAAGAUAAUAAAGCACAGAAAGUACAGGUAGCUAGUGGAUCAUCGCUCAAAAAGAUUCUGAGUUUAGUCAAUACAAAAA